CCAAUCGAACUGAAUGGACCAGUCGACGUCAUCGCCUCCCUCGCCUAUCCGCUCGGCCGUUGGCGCUCACCAAAACCACCCAGAAGCCUCCGCUUGACCGCUUCACUCGCUUUCCGCCCGCCGCGCCAUGAGCGCCGCCGCCUGCCUGUUCGCUGCCGCCGUCUCCCUAUCAUUCCCGUCGACCUCCGCACCCUCUUCCGCAAGACGCCGCCGCCUCCGGAGCCCCACCACCCUCCUCCGCUGCUCCCCGACUCGCCGCCGUGGGCCGGUCCGGCGGACACUCGACGAGCGGCUGCUCGAGGCCGCGCCGGCGGAGACCGAAGACGUCCAAACCGCUGUUGAUGUAGAGGAUGGAGGAGGGAUCGCUGAGGGCGAUGAAGUGGGAACAGAGGAGAUGGAGGAGCUGGAGCAGCGACCGCCGACGAGGGCUUUCGUGAAGAGCAGGCGGCAGCGGCAGGAAGAGGAGGAAGCCGCGGCGGGGCAAGACCGGUUCAAGCUCAUCAAUGGCAAAGAGAUAUUUCAAGAGAAGGCUUAUCUGGUUGGUGUUGAGUGCAAACGGACAGGAGGGAACCUGUUCGGCAUAGAGGAGUCCCUUAAGGAGCUGGAGCAGUUGGCUGAUACGGCGGGCCUUCUGGUAGUCGGCUCAACCUAUCAGAAGCUUUCUACCCCAAAUCCAAGGACUUACAUUGGUUCAGGAAAGGUUUCUGAAAUCAGGACUGCAAUCCAAGCACUUGAUGUUGAGACUGUAAUUUUAGACGAUGAGUUAUCCCCUGGACAACUACGUAACUUGGAAAAGUCAUUUGGUGGGAGUGUCCGAGUCUGUGAUCGAACUGCUCUUAUUCUUGAUAUUUUUAAUCAAAGGGCAGCAACACAUGAAGCUUCUUUACAGGUUACUUUGGCACAGAUGGAAUAUCAACUUCCUAGGUUGACGAAAAUGUGGAGUCACCUGGAACGGCAGGCUGGAGGUCAAGUUAAGGGUAUGGGUGAGAAGCAAAUUGAAGUUGACAAGCGCAUCUUGAGAACUCAAAUAAGUGCCUUGAGGAAAGAAUUGGAAUCUGUACGGAAACACCGAAAGUUGUACCGCAACCGUCGCCAAUCAGUUCCUAUUCCUGUUGUUUCUCUGGUAGGAUAUACAAAUGCUGGAAAAAGUACACUCCUGAACCGCUUAACUGGAGCUGAUGUGCUUGCAGAGGAUAAGUUAUUUGCCACAUUAGAUCCAACUACUAGAAGGGUUUUGAUGAAGAAUGGGACUGAGUUCCUUCUAACUGAUACCGUCGGAUUCAUUCAGAAAUUACCCACUAUGCUGGUAGCAGCAUUUAGAGCAACACUAGAAGAGAUAUCGGAAUCAUCAGUUAUAGUUCAUCUUGUGGACAUUAGCCAUCCUUUAGCUCAACAACAGAUAGAUGCUGUUGAAAGAGUACUGAAGGAGUUGGAUGUCGAGUCAAUCCCCAAAUUAGUCGUGUGGAAUAAGAUUGACAAUACGGAUGAACCAUUGAGUGUAAAAGAGGAGGCUCAGAAACAAGGAAUAAUCUGCAUAUCAGCGAUGAAUGGUGAUGGUUUGGAAGAUUUAUGUAAUGCAGUUCAAGCAAAGUUGAAAGACUCGAUGGUUCCUAUAGAAGCUUUUGUCCCAUAUGACAAAGGAGAUCUCCUGAAUGACAUACAUAAGGUUGGAAUGGUUGAAAAAAUGGAGUACAAGGAAAGUGGGACAUUUGUAAAAGCUCAUGUGCCUCUACCUCUGGCAAGGCUUCUCACACCUCUACGGCAGCAGGUGGCAGCCACUGUGUGAUGUGCAUGUCCCCGAUCCCUUGAUGCCAUUGGCACUCACAAAAUUACCACAUCUUGUAGAUUCACAAAAGGAAUAGCUUUGCUGUAGAAAACUUAGAUUAUCUUCAUUGUGUUUCUACGGUUCUACCAGAGUACCGUAUCAACAGGUGCACAGGACUAGAUAGCUGUAUGUACGCACAACAGAAAUGUAAAUGUUCUCAGCAGAAUUUAAGCCCCGUUUGGUUUGGGUAGUCACUUUUAGUCCCUAAAAAUAUAAACAUGGUGACUAAAAUAGGGUAACUAAAUUUAAGUUCUUUAGUCA